AUGAGAGUAACUGGUUACUAUAAAUGUCUCUAUACAAUUGAUACUCAAGUAAAACAUCUGGACCAAAAAUCUCUGCUAAAUCUUGGGGAUUGGUUGCAUAGAAAAUGGAAAGCAACUAUGGAACACAAAGAUAAAGCAGGGGGAUUACUUGCUGAACUUGAAAGAAAGAAUAUCACAGAAAAUCUAUUAAGAGAAGAGUGGGCUGCUCAAGUUAAACAACAGACAAAGCCAAACCCCUGUCAGGCUAAGAAUUUGGCUGACAAAACCAUUGAAGAAAUUUUGGAACUAAAGGAACAGAUCCAGUCUUACAAGAGAGAAGUUAAUCAAUUUGAAAACAUGAUUCAAAGUGGCAACUAUCAAGGAGAGUGGGACUUGGCAGAAGUUAAAUUGCAGAUUGAAGAACUAAAUGAAAAAUGCAAAAAAGCUGAGGUAGCUAGGAGAACCAAGCAUACAUCUCUUAGUGUGGAUGGUCACCUCAGUCUUGAUCAUCUGCUUGGAAACAAAUUUCUACAGAUCCGAGUGAAUGCUCUAGCUUUGAAAAAGAGACUACGAAAUUGUCUCCAGCAGCGAAAAUUUGAAAUUGAUGGACUGGAGAGAGCUCACAGAAAAACAACUACAAAUGAAAAGAAACUGAGAGAACAUUCUCAGUCACAAAUUAGAUGCAAAGAGCCUGGCAUUCAGCAGCUAGCAAAAAAAUAUAAUGACUUGUGUGUACAGUCAAUCAAGAUGGUAGAAAAAAGGGAGGCACCUCAUGGUGCAUGGGCACCUCAUCUAAUUUCCACUGAUGUGCUAUUCAAACUAGAUGUGGAUGAUGAUAUUUGGCAGGAUGUUGGGCUUGAUGAAAUGGAUCUUGGUAUUGAUGUGCCAAGAUGGUUGGGUGAUGAGGGUGUAUGGCAAGGAAUUAAAGCAUUACUUGAGUGGGACAGAUGCUGUGAGGAGGAUCAGCAAACCUACAGAUUACUUGUGGGCUUUUCGUGA